AUUAAUAUGUUCAAAAAGCCGAAUGGAUUUGCCAGCAAGAACACCGGAAGCUAUCGCACUAUUCUGGCCAAGAAGCUUGAACGGCAACAUAAAGGUUCGUCCCAAGAAGGAUCAAGAAGCUCGAAGACUAUCUUUAAUUUUUCAGACUGUCUGCUGAAUGGAAUUGAUGCGUUAUGGCGCCAAAAAUUAAUGUGUGAUGUUUUGUUAAUAGUGGAAGGUAAAAAUUUCCUAGCACAUAAAUUAGUUCUUGCCACCUGUUCGGAUUUUUUCUUCGAAAAAUUCAGCGAUGGAAAGGACAAACCUGGAUCCAACCAGAUAGAACUAGAAGAUGUCAAAGCUAGUACGAUAUAUUCAAUAUUAGAUUGUAUGUAUACUGGUAAAAUAUCUUUAACCCCUAAUACGAUAAGAGAUGUUUUAUCAACAGCUACUAUGCUUGGUUUUCUUGGUAUCCACGAAGCUUGUGAAGAAUAUUUGAUCGAGCACCUUACAACCGAAAAUUGUUUUCUAUACAUGGAUAUUGCGAGUACAUACGACCUGUCGAUGUUAUCCGAUAAAUGCUUAGAAAAUGCAGCAAGAAAUUUCCAACAUGCUACAAAAGGCUCAGAAUUUCGUUAUGUGCCUGUAGAACAACUGAUUCUUCUUCUGAAGCGUAAUGAUCUCAAUGUGAAAAACGAGUAUGAUGUUUUUGAACGAAUGUUGGCAUGGAUUGAAACAGAUAAACAGCGAAGAAUACAAUACGCAACAGAAUUAUUAGCAAAUGUUCGUCUUCCUUUGAUGACUCCAUCUGAGAUCAUUGAUAAAGUUGAAAGUGUUAGAUAUUUGAUGGAUAUACCAGACUGCGAUGAAAUGGUUAAAGAUGCCUUACAUUAUCAUUGUAUGCCAUGCAGGCAAACCCUGUUGCAGACGAGUAGAACAGAACCAAGGAUAGCGUACAGUGAUGACUGUCUGGUAGUAGUUGGUGGUGCACCAAGAUUAAAAACAGAUCGUAUUAGUUGUGAUAUAUUAGUAUUAGAUAUCAAUAAUCCAGAUAGUAGAUGGGAAUUAACAGCAUGUCUGCCAGAACCCAGACAUCAUCAUGCUGUGGCCGUGAUGAAUGGUUUCCUGUAUAUCACUGGUGGUGAAAUAACCAAUAACCGCGGCUUUCCAUCAAACUCAGCUUUCCGCUACGAUCCCCGCCAUGACACCUGGUUGCAGAUAGCAAGCAUGAAACACAGAAGGGAGAGUUUUCAGAUGGUUGUUUUAAAUGACAAGUUAUAUGCAGUGGGUGGAAGGCUAGAUAAAAAGAAGUCCUUGUCAUCUGUGGAGGUAUAUGAUCCUAGUCGAGAUGCAUGGGCAUUAAUGUCGCCAUUGUCAACACCUAAACAAAGUUUUGCAGCUACGACCCAUAAUGGUAAAAUUUAUGUUGUCGGUGGUUCAGAGAGUAAGAUUAUAUCAAGUCGUGUUGAAAGAUACUGUCCUUCAAAUGAUAGCUGGGAAAUCAGAAAACCAAUCAAUUUACCUCGAUUUUAUGCACAUCUGACUUCAUAUAAUAACAAUUUAUAUUUAAUAGGGGGAGCCACAGUCGAUAUACAUGAUCAUUUGGUCUGUGUGAAAAAUAUAGAGCGUUACACUCCCUCAACAGAUACCUGGGUCGUUCUUAAAGGUUCAAAUUUACCUAAUCCUAGAUCUGAAUUCGGCUGCACCAUCAUAAACAAUAAGAUUUAUAUUGCCGGUGGUUACGAUUGGGAUACCAAAGUACGGCUAGCGAAAAUAGAUUGUUUUGAUUUGAUCACUGAAUCGUGGUCCACUGUACAAUCAUUUGGUAAGAAAUAUACUGGCCUUGCACUUUGUUCUAUGAGAAUAUAUAACUUCAAUUUUCGAAAAUAGAAGACUGUUAUAGUAUUAAUGGUAAAAAUUGAUAUAAUAAUAUUGAAUGUGCUUACAGAAAAUUUAUAUUUUUUAUAUUUUAUUAUCUGUAUAUGUUCUUUGUGAUUUAAGAAAAUGACAAGUCGAGAUUUUUGUAUUUUAUAUGUUACAAUGUUCCAUUAUAGUAAAAAUAUUUGAAAAAUAACUUGUUUUGUGUAUUUAUCAUGUAACCUAAAAUUGUUUGAAUUUAUGUUUUCAUCAUUUUGUGUUUGUAUCACUUUGUUUAAAAAAUACUUGAAAUAAAGACUAUAAUAAAGUUU